CUCAUUUAAUAAACUUAGUGGUGAAAUUCCCACCGGUGGACCUUUUGCAAAUAUCACAAGCCAAUCCUUCCUGUCCAAUGAUGCACUCUGUGGUGACUCCCGAUUUAACGUGAAACCAUGUCCUCCAAAAUAUACAAAGAAGUCAAGAAGAAAAAGAGUGCUUAUAGGUUUAUAUACUUUGUUAGGGAUAGGAUCACUCUUUGCAUUGGUCGUUGGAUAUGCGGUGUUAAUAUUGAGAAAGAUAAAAAAGAAUGCAGAUCAAGCUGAUGUGUCGCUCGUUAAAGAGCAUGAAAGGAUUUCUUAUUAUGAACUUGAACAAGCAACAGAAGGAUUCAGUGAAAGCAACUUGCUUGGUAAUGGGAGUUUCAGCAAGGUCUACAAAGGGAUAUUUAAGAAUGGUACGUUUUUCGCAGUAAAGGUAUUCGAUGUGCAAUUGGAGGGUGCAUUCAAAAGUUUUGAUACAGAAUGUGAGAUGCUGCGCAACCUCCGCCAUCGAAAUCUUACUAAAGUGAUCACCAGUUGCUCCAACCUUGAAUUCAAAGCCUUAGUAUUGGAAUACAUGCCGAAUGGAACACUUGAAAAAUGGCUAUAUUCUCAUAACUUUUUCUUAGACAUGAUGCAUAGAUUAGAUAUAAUGAUAGAUGUUGCAUCUGCGAUGGACUAUCUCCACAAUGGCUAUUCAACACCUGUGGUGCAUUGCGACUUAAAACCAAGCAAUGUCUUGCUAGAUCAAGAAAUGGUUGGCCAUGUCAGUGAUUUUGGCAUUGCAAAAUUGUUGGAUGCAGGGGAGGAUUUUGUUCAAACACGUACAAUUGCAACCCUAGGAUAUAUUGCUCCAGAGUAUGGACAAGAUGGUAUAGUAUCCACGAGCUGCGAUGUUUAUAGUUUUGGCAUCCUGAUGAUGGAGACGUUUACAAGAAUGAGACCAAGUGAUGAUAUAUUUACCGGAGAAUUGAGCAUAAGAAGUUGGGUUAGCGAUUCUUUUCCAGGUGCAAUUCAUAAGGUGGUGGAUGCUAAUUUGGUACAUCCAGGGGAUGAACAAAGCGAUGCAAAGAUGCAGUGUCUGCUAUCUAUCAUGGAAUUAGCUUUGAGUUGCACUGUGAUGAUAUCUGAUGCAAGAAUUAGUAUGGAAGAGGCUCUUUCAACACUUACAAAGAUUAGGCUCCACUUUGUCAGUAGUUGCUGCUAGGUGGAAUCAGCGAUCAACUCUCCAUUGUUGCUUCAUUACCUAUAUAUUAUGGUUGUGUUAAGCUUUCAAUUAUCCACUAGGACUUAAGUUCAUCAUAGCGAUGUACGUAAUUUUGUAAGUAAUGAUCUGGUAUGCAAGGCGACUUUUUCCA